GUUUGUAAACAAGUCUUGUUGUUAUGCAGUAUUGCGCACUACACUUUGUAUCAAUUUACGCACAUUGCAUGCAUGCGUUUUUAAAGUGUUCAAUUGAAAAUCAAUUAUAUACUAAUAAGUAACUUUAUGCCAAAUAAUUCAUAAAAUGGUCGAAAAAAUAUCAUAAGGAAAUCAAUUAUUCACUAGUAAGUAAUUUUAUUCCCAAUAGUUAAACAAUUUGUCGUUCAAUAAUAUCAUGAUAAGAAUAUAUAUAUUAUCACGGCCGAAUUUCUUAUGCAGAAGACUAGAGAUGAACAUUUAUGAUAAUGACAACAUCCACGAUAUCUUUUAAACAUAAAUGUCAGAAUUCAGUAAAACACAUGCGAUCUUUGAAUUAGUACUUCCAUACAUGCAUGUGGUCUUACAUAACCCCUCUCUCAAAGAUCACUGCCUCCUUGACAACAAACUCAUUACCAGAGGCUUUUCGUUUCGAUUUUCCAUGUACAUUAAAGAGAAAUUAGAACCAAAAAACUGCCUUAUCAGGACAGAUACGCAAUGAAGUAACAUUAAGAACAAAACUAUGAUGACAUUUUUUCAUUAAAGACGAAGCCGUUGGUGUUUUUUUUUUACCUUGCAUCAUAGAAUGUCAUUAAAACUUGAUAAUCCCCUGCUUUGUGAAAAAAAAGAAUCGACCGCAAACUGAACAUUUAAUCAAUAGGUUUACUAUAAACAAAGAUUUCUACUUCACAGUGUCACCAUCGAUACAUUUCAUUCUAGACAUGGAGCAGGUGACUUGGAUUUUCACAGAACAAGAACUGUCGAAGUGAAAGAAGUGAGUACAAGCAAAACACUUAUGGCAAACAGAAUGGAGGGGUAAACGUAUCUGAGCUUGGGAAUCUGCUGAGUUUUAAACCUAUCAAUAAAUGAUGCACGAUCUGCAACCAGGAAAAGCCUUCCUCUACUGGAUACCGACUCUCGCCAUAUUUCUGAUUAUGACAAUUUUUCUGAUUCUUUCCUUUUUGAGAUACCGUUUGAAGAAAGAACGAGGUAGACAGUGCCAGAGGGAUUAUUUGGAGCUAGCUUUCGCCACAAAGCGCCCGCGCAUUGGCGCCCUUAGCUGCCACACUCAUGGUCACCAUUGGACAGAGUUAAUGCAGAGCUUUUCAGUCAAUCAGAUAAGAAACAUAAUGAGAGAGUAUCAUGCUGAUCAUCAACAGCAUUUUGAAACCGUUGAAGAGGAAAGCGAUAGAAAUUCAGCAGGAUAUGAAAACGAUGUAUUUUACUCUCCAGCCAAAUAUGACAUUCCGCCAGCGCAUUUGGACAACGAUAGAUAUUAUGACCAAUUGUCCAAAAACUUGCAAAAAGAUAAAUCUCAACAUUAUAUGGGGCAUAACGAAAUCUCUUCUAGUGAAGAAAUUGCAAAAGAAAAUAACCCAACACAGGGAAAUCCCUACUACGAUCAAAGCUUUUCUGUUGCUAACGAAAAACCGAGAACAAGUGAGAAGAGACACAAAAAGCACAAGAAAAAGAAGAUACUCAGUUUUGAUACACGGAGAGACAAAGAGAAUGAUGCUGGUUUGAAGGAGUUAAAGAUUGCAAAUUCAGCCAUUAGAUCGCCAUUAUCUUUGAGUCCAGUUCAUUUUAAUACGAACCAAGGAACAGGAAAUCCGGCGUUUACUGUAGAUAUUGACUGUCUGUCGGAUAGUAAACCAGACGAAGGAACACUUAUUACCCACGGAAUCAACCCAAGCCAUUCGGCCGGUAAAAUCGACAAUCAAAAUUUACCGUCAGCAAAUCAGUAUUACAGUUGUGCUAGGAAGCCGCUUUAUGAUGAAAACGAAACACAGCCGGUUAAAGCCAAAUCAGACCUAGGCGACCGAUGGAGGAGUUUGCCUGAGCGGCCCCAUCAGGAGAGACUGUUUUGGUUGUCAACGUGCGAUGUACCACAGACGCCUAUCUGAUGCCGCCAUAAGGACAACUAUCCGUCCGUAAUCUUAUAGAUGUAUAUAAAUGUAUGUGAUGCCUGCAUAUGUGAUAUAAUUGAUGUCAUUCUUAUUGACUUAUGCAAAACAAGUAUAAGCUUUUAUCGUAUGAAAAAAAUAUAUCAUAUUUAUCAUACUGUUUUACAUCGUAUGUACAUGUAUUUAUCAUGUUGCCAUGUCUACCCUUUGUAUACAUGUAUGGUUACAUAUUGAUUCAUAUUGUUUUUUUAAAAAGUGUAUUAUUGAUUAAAAGUAAACACUAUCUUCCAUAAAAGUUUAAUAAACACACCGCUAUAUUUUGAAAUUAAAAAAAAUAAAAUUAAUAAUGCAUGUUUUAUCGA